AGCCAGCCGAGCUCCCCGUCCUCCAGAUCCGCGCUCAAACUUCGGGAGUCCCCCAGCGAGUCACCCUGACACCCACGAUGAAGAGGCAAAACGUGCGGACCCUUGCCCUCAUCAUCUGCACCUUCACGUACCUGAUCGUCGGCGCUGCUAUUUUCGACGUGCUGGAAUCCCAGAAGGAGACGACCCAGAGGAAGGAGCUGGACAAGAGGAAAGGGGAGCUGCUGAAAACGUACAACUUGUCCGCGGACAACUUCAACGAACUGGAAAAGGUGGUGCUGCAGCUGAAGCCGCACAAAGGCGGAGUGCAGUGGAAAUUCGCCGGGUCGUUUUACUUCGCCAUCACUGUGAUCACCACCAUAGGAUAUGGCCAUGCAGCCCCCAGCACAGAUGGAGGGAAGGUGUUCUGCAUGCUCUACGCCCUCCUGGGCAUCCCGCUCACUCUGGUCAUGUUCCAGAGCCUGGGUGAGCGUAUCAACACCUUCGUCAGGUACCUGCUCCACCGCCUGAAGAAGUGCCUUGGCAUGCGGCGCACUGAGGUCUCCAUGGUCAACAUGGUGAUCAUUGGCUUAAUAUCCUGCAUGACCACACUGUGCGUGGGGGCGCUGGCUUUUUCCCACUUCGAGGGCUGGAGCUUCUUUCAUGCCUACUACUACUGCUUUAUCACGCUCACCACCAUCGGCUUUGGGGACUAUGUGGCACUGCAGAAGGACGAGGCUUUGCAGAAGAAGCCUGAGUAUGUGGCCUUCAGCUUCAUCUACAUCCUGACGGGCCUGACUGUGAUCGGAGCCUUCCUCAACCUGGUGGUGCUGCGCUUCAUGACGAUGAACGCUGAAGAUGAGAAGAGGGAUGCGGAACAGCGGGCCCUCCUUGCGCGGAACGGUCAGGCUGGUGGGCACCACCACUGUGCCAUCAACCCAGCCUCCUCCUCCUCCACACCUUCUGCGUGUGGCGGAGGGGGCGCGGUCGGAGUCAGCGGGGGAGGAGCGGCGAGUCGGGGGCUGCGUAAUGUUUACGCUGAGGUGCUCCACUUCCAGUCUAUGUGCUCCUGCCUGUGGUACAAGAGCAGGGAGAAGCUGCAAUACUCCAUACCCAUGAUUAUCCCACGUGACCUCUCCACCUCGGACGCCUACAUGGAGCAGGGAGAGGUGUUCACCAACCCCCUGCACUCCAAUGGCUGCGUGUGCAGCGUGCAGCACCACUCGGGCAUCAGCUCGGUGUCCACGGGGCUGCACAGCAUCAACACCUACAGAGGACUCAAUAAACGGCGCAUCUCCAUCUAGAGGCCAGGAGGACUCAAUGCUUUUCAUCAAGUCCCACCUCUUUCUACCAUGUGGGGAGGGCCCUGCUACUGUGGCACUAGACCAGCUAUGUCAGGGGAGCACAACUCCAGUCCUAAAGAGACACAGUACUCUUGGUGUUUGCUUCUCUCUGAUGACUGAAUAGUGGUGCCUGCCUCUAUGUGCUGCACUCCACUGUAGCCUUCAAACUCUAGCCAUAUACAUAACUUCCACUGGCUUGUAAGCACAACCCAUUUAGGACCAAGGUAGUUACUGAUGUCAAUGGUAAAAUAAUGCUAAUGGUUGUUUAAUAAGUAUGUGCAUUCAUUAUUCAGAGCCUGAUUCUGUUACUGUUAAAAGGCAGGGAACAAAAAAGCAACAUGUGUGGCUCUCUUGGACCAAAGUUCUGCACCUCUGAAUUCAUAGUACAGAAUUCAGCAUUUUCUGCGUUCACUGACUCGUUUGCCGUGAGGUUGAAUAAAAUGACAAUAUGAAAAAGGACAUUUUACACUGUGAGAGAUAUUUUUAUGAGGGAGUGAGGGAGUAUAAACUGUAUAUAAUGAUCCCCUGAAAAAAAAAAAAAAACCUUAUUUUAUUUGAGAGUUUGAAGUCCUCUUUUUCCACAAAGACUUAAAGGAAUCCUCAAGUUGUAAGUAUUAUGCUCACUAGAAUGAAAUGAAAAUGUGUAUAUAUUUGGACACAUCGUUACUGUAGUUGUGGGAAAGCCUAUUUUUUCAGUGAAAGUUUUCAAAAGAAACUCUUGUCUGUCUGUUCUCCUGUGUGUCUCUAACUGAAGUUCAGGUUCAAGCCAAACUUUUGAUCUACUUUGUCUAUUUUCCUUUUUAAGAGAGAACUUACAUUUCAGGCAUUUCACUGACACUUUUAUCUAUAAUGACAUAGGAUGAGGGAGCAGGUAGGGUUUGAGUGGCUUUCUGAAGGACAUUUUGAUGGGACACAGCUGCUGUGGGGGGGUCAAACUUAUGACAUUAUGGACGCAGGACGGUCUAUCUAACCACUAGGCAACCCUGCUGCCCAUUUCAGACCUCACUGUUGUAUUUUGUACAAAUCACUAUGAAUUUCUUUUUAAGCAUUUCUUUCGGUGUAUCAAGCUGUUUUAUGUACUUAUUUGUCAUAUCUUUUCACAUAGCACAACUACAUUCUAAUAGUUAAACUUAGAGCAUGUAAGCUCACUUUGUGCUUAGUAGACAGUCUUACUCACUGCUGCACUUUAGACGUUUGAUGUAUAUGCUUUAGCACACUGGAAAUCAGUGUACAAUAUUUUUUUUUUUUUAAUGGAAUUGCAUUAUGUUUUGGUAUCUAAAUUAUAUGCCCUGAUUAAUUCUUUCUCCUGUCAUCAGUCUGACAUGUUUGACUAAAUAGUCUCUGCAUUAGCGAUGGUUGCAAACAGUUAUUGCAGUGCACCUCACAAAUAAAGGGCCUCAAAGUUUGGACCUCAUGCACUUAGGGGGUCAUCUCUCCAGCCCUGCUGAACACACUUGAUUCAGUCAAUUAAGGUCUUUAUGCAGUGUUUGUUUUUGUUUUUGUGCAAGUUUUUGGACUAAAGUGUUUAUGAGUUCAUUAGUUUUCAGUAACUAUUAGUUACGCAAUUCAUUUUAGGUUUUUUCUUUUGUUUUCCUUUUAGUUUUUGUUCAUUAUAUUUCAUCAGUUUAAUCUUGUCACAUUCAUUUCACAUUCAUCUGUUUUCAUCCUAUUUUUCUACUGGAACAUUCAUAUUGGCUGCAGUGUGCCUGUUAACAGUCUUUGAGUGGCUCUGUACUCAAUACUGGAGAAUAUACAUUUAGGCAUCACUUUAUUUAUAUACUACACUGUUGACUAUCAACAAUGUAUCAACAGAUAUUCAACAUUUUUGGCUAUCAAUAAAUGUUCAGCAAACUGAACUAUCUUUAAGUUGUUUGUCAAAUACCCCAACUCAAAUUAUUAGUAAUCGGCUCAUGGUAGACCAUAACCAACUUUGUUAAUCACAUUAACAAUAUACAUAUAUAUAUAUAUAUAUAUAUUGUUAAAGUUGUAGGACAGUAUUUUAAUUCGCUCAUGAUACAAUUCCAUGUGUAGGAGUGUGUUGAUACUAAACACAGACCCAGCUGAUGAAGUUUGCUGAUCAGAUGCUCCUUAUAGUCUACCAGUGGUUACAUGAAGUUAAUUGCCUGUUGAGACAAAUCUUUUGACAUUUAACUGAUGCUGUAGAGAAGCAACAGUGAGCCAAAAUAAAAUAUCACCUGCCUUUAUUCACCCCCGUUUUAAACAUGAUCAUAUUUAAUUUAAUGCUAAACAAUACCUUAUCAAUUUGAAUGUCCAUCGGUUUUUGAAUGAUUUUGGUCCCGUCACAUUUGUUCCUGUCACAUGUCACAAAAAUGCAAAACUAUGUUACUGUGCCCACUGUUAUUUGAAGCUAAGUGUUAACUUGUUGUCAAGUCUUAGAUGUGUAAAUUAAGGCUGUUGUAAUCCCUCUAGUAACCAUUUUUUGUCAACAGAUUUAAGAUUCUUUAGGAGAGCUCGAUUGGAGCCACAGCCUGCAGCACCGGGACAACUAAACCUAAAAUGUGGGGACACCAAAACAGUUCACUGGAUUGACUGAGACUGUAUUGGAUUCUGAAAUUUCAAUCAUUUAAAGACUGUAAUACACUAUUUCUAUAUGAGUUGAAAUAAUUUAUCAUUCUGUCAUUUGUUAAUCAGAUUUUCUAAAUAAAAACAUAAAUUCAUUAUUGGUUGCA